AUGUUUCAAAAGUUGACAGUGAGCAGGUUGAGUGUUCUCAGCAGCCAUUACUUGACAACAACUUCGGAACUGUUUUCUCAGCUUUUGCCUCCUAGCUUCACUGAACUGUUAAAUGGCUGUUUGACUGAACAUGAGAACAAUGAGCCACCAAAGGUGCUUGAAGAAAUUGAUAUGAUGUCCCAAGUCACGAGAUGCACAUCGGAUUCUUCUUUUCAUGAUUUUAUGACUAGAGUAGAUAUGGUCAUUGAUAAACUGGGAGGUGAUAUGACAAUCUAAUCAUCUCCAAAUCACACACAGGCUGUGGGUUUGUUGUAUAUGAAGUUUGAUCCAUAAUGGUAACUCCCUCUCCUUUUUGUUGCAUUGUAAAAAGAAAUGCAUUUGCUUGGUUUGCUGGUUGCAGGUGGUUUAGCUUAAAAUCAUAUCUACUUUGCAAACCAUGUUGAGAUUUUUGGAGGUAAACAGGCACGGUCAUUGUGGAUGGGGCAUCCUGUAAUUGACAACCCGUGCACAUUACGAUACUAGCCAUGUAUAUAACAUGCUCCCCCAUUUUAACAAUGGAAAUGUGGAAUUUGUUGUUGUAAUUUUUUGUUUGAUUCAAAUCAAACACCUUCCAUCUCAUGACUUAGUUGGGAUUCUUGUGCAGAUAAUGCAAUAUAUACGUGUCUUUUAAUAGAUGUUGUGAAAUGAGGUU